UCUUCGUCAAGGUGGUUUCGAGACUGGGAAGACGUCGAAGUUGUCCUACGGACACCAAAGAGCUUGUCCAAGAACAAUAACCAGUACAAGCCUAUCCGUAUAGCCGUAAUAGACACCGCUGUUGAUCCAAGUCGGAACCUAGUUUGCAAAGACUUUGUCCAAACGGGCAAGCACAACUCCGACCAGCGCAUCAAUCCAGAGACGUCACAACAUGGAACGCAGUCUGUGGAUCUCAUCUACAAGAUGUACGACAAGGCCGAGAUAGUGGUCGCAAGGGUGUUUGAGAACGACCAGGCGGAUGAGAAGAGGGAGCCGUACUUGAUGGCCGAGGCUAUCGAGUGGGCCAUCAAAGAGAAAGUCGAAAUCAUCAGUAUCUCCGCCGGCUUCGCUACCUGCCCGAAGCCCCUUAGAACCGCCGUCCACGCCGCACAUGCCGCCAACAUACUCAUAUUCGCUGCAGCUUCCAACUGGGGCAACACAAACUCAGUCGCCUUUCCAGCUCGCAUCAAGGAUCACGUGUUUUGCAUGUUUGCUACAACUGGUGCUCUGAAGAUUGUCCCGGAGAUCAACCCUGAGCCACGCCGGGCAGCCGACAACUUUGCCUUACUUGGACAACAUAUCAACCUACCUCCCCAUCCUGAGCCCCUGAGCGGAACAUCCGCUGCAACUGCGCUUGCAGCAGGGAUGGCGGCACGAAUACUCGACUUUGUGCGGCACACAGAGAGAAAAUCUGAGAUCGAGGGAGCAUGGAUGGUUCAGUCAAAGGCAGGAAUGACGGCUAUCUUCAGGAGUCUGGUCAGGAAGAGUACGGGAUACGACUGUGUGCAGCCGAGACUCUUGCUGCCUCCAGGCCCUGAUUUGCCAGACCUGGCAGAUAGUAGGACUCAUGUUCGGCGUUUCCUCUAUGACGCACUUGCACGCGUAGAAUGA